AUGUUGGGCCUGCCCCCCUCAGCCAGCCAUGGCACCUCUGACGCCUCUCACAUCAGCAUAGAUGGGGCAUGGGCUGUGGCAGAGGUGGGAGCUGUGGCCAGAGGGGCUGAAGAGUCAGUGGUUGUCGAGGCCCAACGGACACACACUGCUCUGGAGCAGCUGCAGCAGAAGAUCUUGAAGAUCACUGAGCAGAUUCGCAUAGAACAGGAGGCACGAGAUGACAACGUGGCUGAGUACUUCAAGCUGGCCCACAAUGCCAAUAGGCAUCAGGCUUUCCGUAUCAGACAGGUGUUUGAAAAGAAGAACCAGAAGUCUGCACAGACCAUCACCCACCUGCACAAGAAGCUAGAGCAUUAUCACAAGAAGUUGAAGGAGCUACAGCAGCAUGGUCUAGGCCAUCAGCAUAACAGUGUGCUGGUGGACAUGCAGCAGGGGCUGAAGGAUGUAGGGGCCAACAUACGAGCAGGGAUCAGUGGCUUUGGUGGAGGUGUGGUGGAGGGGGUCAAAGGAGGGGUGUCAGAACUCACCCAUACUGCUGUGGUAUAUAAGCCAACAGAGUUUGCCAGCUUGAUCUGCAACAAAUUUGACAACACAGACACCAUAGAGGACGCUGUAGAGGGGCAUUCAGACGACGCACCCCUGAGUGGCAGCUUCACCUUGGCCUCCAGCCCCAAGUACGGCAGUGAUGACGAGUGCUCCAGUGACGGUAGUGAUGACGAGUGCUCCGGGGCUGGGGGACAAGAGGGGAUGUUAGGGCUGGGGCCAGCCAGGCUGGAUGGGCACCACCGUCACAGUUCCUGGGACUCCCAGCUGGUAGACCUGCAGGAGAUCAAAGCCAGCCAGGCCCACAUGGAGGACGCCAUCGAGGACAUGAAGAGUCAACUGCAGAGUGACUACUCCUACAUGAACCAGUGCCUGCAGGAGGAGAGAUACAGGUAUGAGCGACUGGAAGAGCAGCUGAAUGACCUGACAGAGCUGCACCAGAAGGAGAUGUCCAACCUGAAACAUGAGCUGGCCAGCAUGGAGGAGAAAGUGGCCUACCAGUCUGAUGAGAUAACCCGAGACUCUCAGGAAGCAGUGGAGUCGUGCCUGACCCGCAUCACUAAGUUGGAGCUCCAGCAGCAGCAGCAGCAGGUGGUGCAGUUGGAGGGCGUGGAGAACGCCAACGCCCGCACCCUGCUGGGCAAAUUCAUCAACAUCAUCCUGGCACUCAUGGCCGUAGUGCUGGUGUUCAUCUCCACCCCAGCCAACUUCAUCACUCCGCUCAUAAAGACCCAAGAUCGGGGGGCCGCCACCAUCCUACUGGCCCUUUUUCUGUUCAUCCUUUGGAAGCACUGGGACUUCCUAGUGCUCUGGCUACUGCCAGGCUGAACCCUCCACAGGCCAACACCUACACACAUUGUUUAAACUUGACCUACCACCUAUAAGAUAUAAAUAAAUCUUGAUACACAUGUGGCUGAGAAGAUAAGCUUUAAAAGAAUACAUAUUUUUCAACACAAAUUGUACCUGCAAUUAAUCCAAAUAUUUCUAAACAAUAUACAGAAUAUAAAAUGUUUUUUUUCAUCUCAUUAAAUUGGGAAAACUACCUCCCCAGUAACAAAUGUAGGCCAAGGAAAGCCUACACUGCUGCCUGCAACAUUGAAUCAUUCCAGAAUGCCUGACUCAUUAUUCUGAUUUUGAAGGCAGCUAAUCAUUUUUUUGUAAUCAAUUUAAUUCAGCACUUAAUCAGAUCCACGAGGAGCCUAAUGAAUAAUUCAGUGUCGUCCUCUGAGAACCUCCUGGGGUCAAAGAUGAACGCUUUUCUGACAGGCAGCUAGCUAGCUGCGUCACACAACCAGCACACUGCUGCACACCUCAGCAAGAAUAGAAUCUGAACUUAAUAGUUGCCUGCCCUACAGUAGCUUGCUUGAAUUUGGAGACUGAGCAAUUAGACUAUAGGCUGCCGCAGUGCAAUAUACUGUAUAUGAUAUCUCGAGGUGGUUGUGGUUUCAACACUAUGGUCUAGUGUGGAACACAGUUGUGUAAAUCUGUUCUUUGAUUGUGGGUGUAAGUUGAGUGUAAAUAAAAAAUCAAUAGGUGU